AUGGAGUCUCUCAAUGACAUUCCUAAGUCUCUCGCGGAGGACACAGACUAUCUUGAUCUUUCCCUAAAUAACAUGGGUGGUAUACCAAAUGGAGCUUUCGAUGGUCUUAAUCUCAAGGGUGUUUGGCUCCAGAGCAAUAAGUUGUCGGGCUCAAAUGUACCGCCAGAUGUGUUUAAACCGCUUACUGCGAUAGAGACUGUUGAUUUGUCUUUCAACGAAUUCACAGCCAUUCCACGCAUACUUCCAUCAAGGUUGACACGCCUACUUGUUCAAAGAAACAAGGUUGACCGAGUGUUGUCAGAGGACCUCCAAGGAUACCCAGAUUUGACUUUCUUGGAGAUGUCCAUUAAUAACAUUUCAUAUUUGCCUCUCGGGCUGUUUAACUAUUCAUCAUUCUUGGUCGAUUUGAGAAUAUCUUACAACCCCCUCAAUGACACUGGAAUUCCACCAGGUGUGUUUGAAGGAUUAAGAAGACUUCAAUUUUUGGACCUUAGAUCCGGUUCCCUAACUAGUAUUCCAAGGGGUUUACCGCAGUCGAUAACAAACCUCGAUCUCGGCUAUAACUCUAUACGCCGCCUUUUUGCACGGGAAUUCCGUAAUCUUCCAAAACUUGCGAAUCUGCUAUUGAACUCGAACCAGAUAGAACUGAUAGACCCUGGGACCUUUGACGGAAUGGACAGUCUUCUACGGCUUAACCUGAUAAACAACAAACUAAAUAUACUACAAGAAGGUGUGUUUUCUGGUUUGAAGAAUCUUAGGGAUUUGGAUUUGUCAAGCAACCGCAUCAUAUCUAUGGCAGAUAAUGUAUUUGGUCCUUUAAUUAGUGUUAACACUAUCGAUCUGGUUCACAACCAACUACAAUCACUGCAAUACAAGGUUUUGUAUAACCCAUCUCUGGCGAACUUAACAACCCUUUUUAUUUACGACAACCCAUGGAAUUGUGACUGCCACCUCAGAUGGUUACGAGCUUUAAUGGACAUGCGACCCACACGUGGACCAUUUCCUGUGGGCGAGGUUCCAGAAGAUACCGUUAUACUUGAUCUGUCUUUUAACGAUUUGGAAGAAAUACCGACAGGAGCGUUUGACAAGAUACUCCAUUUACAGGGUGUUUGGUUAUUAGGAAACCAGCUAUCCGAGACCAAAGUGAGCCAAGGGGUAUUUGAUCCGCUGACGCAUUUAGAUAUAAUUGAUCUAUCGCUUAAUAACUUUACUGGAAUUCCUCAUGAUUUACCAGAAACUAUCAAGCGGUGUAAUUUUGACACCAAUAAGAUAGAACAUUUAUCCAGCACCGACCUCGACAGAUACCCUUUACUGGAAACCCUCCAGUUAUCUAACAACAACAUCACACAUAUUCCGGUCAGCUUUUUUGCUAAACAAACAGUCUUGUCAGUGCUACACAUUUCUUCUAACCCGCUCUCUAGCAUGGGGAUUCCAAAUGGCGUGUUCAAAGAUGCUAUUAGUCUAACCACUUUGGAACUUAUAUCAGAUAAGUUAACUAGAAUUCCAAGUGGUUUUCCGGAAACCCUACAAACCCUUGAUCUGUCAAAAAAUAACAUUUACCGUCUCUAUCCUGGGGACUUUGCAGGACAUUCACGACUUGAAUGGCUCGAGUUGUCCACUAAUGAAAUAUCAGCAAUAGACACUAGGGUAUUUUCAAGUCUGAUAAAUCUGAAAAGUUUGGGCCUCGCUGAUAACCAUCUGCGUUAUUUAAGUGACGGAAUGUUUGAUGGACUUAUCAACCUCGAGUCAAUAUUCUUGAAUGGGAACAACAUUGAAGUAAUAUCCGACAAUGUUUUCGUUCCUUUGAAGAACCUUGCAACCAUUGACUUAGGCUCUAACAACCUUAAAACAUUACAGUAUGAGGUUUAUUAUAACCCACCCUUCAAGAAUUUGACUUCGCUGUUCAUAUUGUCUAACCCUUGGAACUGCGAUUGCCGCCUCAGAUGGUUGCGUGCGCUGGUUGAUCUGAAGCCUUACCUGCUGUUCAUUCCGGAAUUAGUGAAAUGUGUGCAGCCGCCAUAUCUGCAGAACUUGUCAUGGGACGUCUUGUUUCCAGAAGAUUUUGUUUGCAAAUGA